GUUCGCCUUCCUGCUUCGCAACCUUUCAUCAUGCCUGGAAGGAAAGGAUCUCACAAUUGUUUCUUUCUUCAGGACGGCGCCACACCAUGAUAUGAAGAAACUUUAGAAACUGAUCGCUAUCCGGAUGUGUACUCCGAGUUGAGUAGUUAUUACUCUCGUUAUUUCCGGCGAGCAAAAGCCACGAUUACGUUUUGCGUACCCAUAAUUCGUUUCAAGUCCAUUUUUCAAGUUUUACGCAUUUGAUUUCGCAAUAUUGAUUGAUACUCAAGAAGAAUGGCCGUCGACAUCCUCGUUUGCCAAGCGGGUUCCUGCCGCAAGGCCGGGUCCGAAGCCACGCUGAUCGAGAUCGAAGAGCUUGUCAGUGGUUCUGACGCGAAAAACACCUGCGCCGUCCAUCAAUCCGGGUGUCUGGGGCUCUGCAGCCAGGCGCCGGGCGUCGUGGUGGUGAAGAACCGGAGAAACGAAACCCCCUUUACGAGACUCUCCACCUCCGACGCCAUUGCAAGGAUGAUCGAAUUUGCCGCCGGGAUUGCGGCGAGCGUUUUACUCCAGUCCUGCUUCCUGGACGAAAACGCGAAGAGGAGGCUAGAGGACAUCAGACUGAGCCGCAGCCGGCAGUACGCGGCGUCGGUUUUCAAGUGGAACACGGCGCUCAAGGGGUUGUCCGCGCAAGUAAAGCUGACCGGGGAGGUGGAACAAAUCGACUCCUUCGACGCGAAGAAAUUUGUGGAACUCGCAAUCGCACAGGCAAAUUUACUCGAGAUGGCCGGCUUUUGGAAGGACGGCUGCAAGGUGCUGCAGAACGCGGAAAAGCGUUUUUUUUCCCUCGGGAAAGGAGCAAAUCAGCAGCUGCAGCAGAGUUUAAUGCAAACAGGCGGCGCCUCUUCAGGUCUAGCUCUCGGGGCAAAUAACGCAAGGCAGGCGAUGAGCAACAAGGCUUUUUUGCAGGAGCAAUUGGAAAAUUUAACCAGGAAGAAGAUCUCCUUGCUUUCCAAACACGCGGACGAACAAGCGGUGGGGGCUAUUGAGAAGAAGCUGGAGCAAUUGAUGGAUAGUUCGACUGAGGUCAGUUCGGCGAUGAAUCCGAACGAAAAAAUGAUGAUGCCGGUGAUGAAUUUGAAGCGGCUGCUACUCUUCAUCGACACAUGUAAAGCGAAAAUGCUGGCGGAAGCGACGAACGUCGGCGGGGGUGGGGAGAAAGAGAAGUGGAAAACAUUCGACGGCACGACGACAACGCAGCAAAUGCUGACGGAUUUGGCGAAGGCGAAAAGAGCAGGCGAAAACGACGCGAGUGCUGCAACAUCUCCAGAUUCUGAUGUCGGCGCAGCAUCACAAGAUCCAAGCAACGCAAUUCCAGCAACCGCAUCGGCAUCUUCGUCUUCCUCCGCUGUAAAUAAAACUUCGGAGCGAAACAGGAAUUUUGUCUUCCCAGAAGCCAUUGACAACUACACCAAGUGGACGUUGGAGAAAGUGACCCCGGUUUCUUAUCAUUCCGCUGUCUUCCACUUUUCCUCGCAAGACAAAAAACGCGCCACACCACACCCCCGCGGCCGCGGGAAGAUGCCGAUUCCCAAAACGUGGCACACAACAUUGCUUGCGCCGCGGAAUCUGGACUUGGUUUUACAAUCGAAGUCACAAGACGAAAUCGAAGACGAAGGGCCACUACCCUGGGUCGAGCGUGACUACACACCCAUCAGCAGUGCCAAGGAGUGGGAGCUGGGGACUUGUGACAUUCUGAUCAAAAUUUACCCCGAUGGCCAGGCGACAAGCUGGCUACAUACGAUCUCGAAGAGGCUGCAUAGUACUUCUGAUCAGGUUGAUGAACCAAGUGGACGAGGUGGAGAGGACGAAUUUAGGUCGAGUAGUCGGGUCGUGGCGGGGACGGAAGUGGUAGUUGAUGAGAAUGAUUACCAUGCGGACAUCAACCAAAGUGCAGUUGCGCCCAGCUCAGCAGGGGGCUCAGGCGACGUCGUGAUGAACAGCCAAGAACAAGCCAAAACUACAACCCCCAGCAAAGAUGUCGAGAUCAGCAGCAACAAGAUUCAAAUCUACCUUUCCCAGCCGGUUAUCACCCUUACCCUCCCUCACCUUAUCCCGGAAGACGCGCAGAUGCCGAAACAGAUCCAGAAGUCCAUCCUCCUCGUCCUCGGCGGAACCGGCGUCGUUGCGCUCCCCCAGGUCUUGGCGCACCGCGAUCCGUAUAGCAAGUUGAACAUCGCGACGAGAAAGACGGACCAGUUGAAGAUCGCAAUCGAUUUGGUCCUCUCCUGUCGGAAGGACGAUAUUUUGAUGCUCUAUCAAAAUGAAAAAUCCCCCCUCCCCAUAUCAAAACGGAAAUUUGUGAUGCUGAUUUGUGGCCACAAAUCAGCUUUGUAUUGCAGAGAGGCAUGGCGGCCAGAUCCCCAGGCUAGGUAGGGGCGUAUGGGUCUAGUUGUUCAGCAUGGCAAACGGUUCCCCUUUAUGCCCAACAGCAUGACAAACAGCUUCCGUAAUGUGGCGGAAACUUCUGCCCUUGUCUUCUUGCAAGACAGAGGUGAUUUGUGACCUCAAAUCCGCAACACAAAUUUUUGGAAGCAUAUCUUUGCAAUAUGGGGAGGGGGGAUUUUUCCUUUUGAUAUGCUUCCCGAAAUCCUUCAAUGGUGCAAGGAGGGGUCCGGAGCAGGCCCCGCCGGAGCGGAGGAGGAGAGCGAAUACCAAAAGAAACGACGCCUCGCAAACGGACCGCAGGGCUUGAGGAAUUGCGUCUUGCACUUGACAGGGGAAACGAGUAGUGUUGCAUCAGACUACGAGGAGAACAAUGGAGAUGUAACUGGCGCAAGAACUAUGCCGUUUUCGUCCCGGGGGUUCGACGAAAUGAAGCAACACGACCAGCUGGCUGAGUUCGAAGGUCUGCCGAAUUGCGAACUGGUCAGGAACAGGAUAUCUGUGGAGUCGUUGAAAAAAGCGGUUUCGAGAAUGGUGAAGGAUUGUCGAGUAAUCGUCUCCGGCCCAUCCGGGUUCAACGCUGUGGUACGGACGAUGCUGAAGGAAAACAACGUCACAGACGACAUGAUAACAAUUUUGACGGCCUGAUUCUAUUUUUUACGAGUGGUUUCAUCUUCUAGGAUGUUUAUUUCGAGCGGUACUUUCUUCAUUUACCGUUCGGCUUUACUUUCUACGAUAACAGUUCUUGCUGUCUUUAGUACACGCUCUCCUAGUAUGAGUUUUAGUUGCGUGAAUCAAAACAUUAUCCAGUGGUUUCGAUUUUGCGUUUGCGAAAUCAAGAUUUUUUGCUUUGUACAGACGACAGCAAGCGACAAAGAGUUUUCCCGACACAUCGACAGGAU